GUGCAUAUUUAGCUUCAAAUAAUGCUCGAAAAUAUUUCAUAUAAAAGUCGCGAUCAUCACCCCAAUCAGCAUCAGUUUCAUCUUUGGAUAGAUCAAAUCAAACACAUUAAGAUGUUCAAGUUUAUUGUACUCGCCGCUAUUGUUGCCUUGGCUGCUGCCCAACAUGGACAACACUACAGCUCUCCUGAAGCCGCUGCUGAGAUUCGCAGUUUUGGAAGUGAUGUUAGCCCUGAUGGAUCAUACCAGUACUCAUAUGAGACCUCAAACGGAAUUGCUGCCCAAGAACAAGGUGUAGGUGGACACUCGGCUGCAGGAGCAGCCUCACACACCUCUCCAGAAGGAAUUCCAAUUAAACUCACCUACACUGCUGAUGAAAAUGGAUUCCACCCAGAAGGUGCCCAUCUCCCAGUCCCACCACCACCAGAACCAAUCCCAGACUACAUUGUCCGUGCCUUGCAAUGGAUCGAAGCUCAUCCAUACAAAGAGGAAUAUGCCAACAAGCCACAACGUUAUUAAAUGGAACUGAUAGAAUUUGUUAAAUGUUUUAUAUUGAAAUAAAUUUUAUGGUUGAUAUAUAAA